AUGCUCAUGCCAGCGCUUGCCGGCGCGCUCCGCUGCCAAAGAGAUUCGUAUCUGAAGGUGCUGCAGACCAAGGUUGUAUCGUGCGAGAAGAAGAAGGGGUUUUAUGCGGUCGAGUUUGAGGACACUGUGCUGUUUCCCGAGGGAGGGGGCCAACCCUUUGAUAAGGGCGUAAUCUUGCGUGAAAAGGACGAUUCCGAGACGCCUGUUGAGGUCACAGACGUUCAACGCGAUGGGCUUCAUGCGAUCCACAGUUUGAUCAGCCCCCUGGAGCCUGGUGAGACUGUGACCAUGCAGGUCGACUGGGCCCGCCGCCUGGACCAUAUGCAGCAGCACACUGGACAACAUUUACUCUCUGCCGUGCUCGAUAAGAAAGAUGUUGCCACUGUGGGAUGGAAUUUGGGUGUCCAGAUGAACUACGUUGAGCUUGACCGUAAACUGUCGACUGAGGAAGUACAAGAAACCCAGCUCGACGUGAACCAGGCCAUUGCCCAAGCUUUGCCAAUUACCGUCGACAUUUCUGGCCACGACGAAGAAAAGGGCGCUAUGCGUGUUGUAACUAUUGGAGAAAUGGACAGGAACCCGUGCUGUGGCACUCAUCUGGCUAAAACAUCAGAGAUUGGGUCCAUACUGCUCUUGCACCAGGUUCCGAAUAAGGGCAACAGUAGGCUGUUUUUCAUGGCAGGAAACCGGGUUACUGACUACGCAAAGUCAAGCCAUGACAGGAUCCGAUCAGUGAAUGCUGCAUUAUCCUGCCAGACCGAUGAUACACUUUCCAAAAUCGAGCAGCUCCAGCUUCGCCAGAGAGCGCUGUUGUCGCAACUGAAGACCGCCCAGCAAGAACUUGCCGUCCAGGAAGCAGGUAAAAUCGCAGCAAUUCUCGAAUCAAAAGAGGUCUAUGUUCUCUAUAAACCGGAUUACGAUAUGGAGUAUCUGCGGUUCGUGGAAAAACAGCUGCCUGAUCUGCAGGGCACGGCUAUUCUCCUUUGUGGCCAAGGCCCCAGUGGCGGAGCGAUUAUUAUUGCCGGCAAAGCCGUAGACAAAUAUGCAGGACUGGUCAAAGAUACGUUCAAGGACGCCAAAGGAGGCGGAAAGGGCCGGUGGCAGGGCAAGGUUGUGCGGUACAACUCCGGCGAGGUCGAGCGGGCACUGGAGUUGAAUAAAUAG